AUGUGCAGCGUUUGUUCGUGUGAUCACGAAGGCUCGCAAACAUUCGAUAUAAUUCCAUUGAAGUGUGAUGAAGAUUCUAGAGGUCACGAUCAAGAAGGGUAUGCUGCAUACAUUGAGCAAGACGAUGUUGAUGGAAUGAAGCAAGUGAUACAUUCGGGUGACGAUAUCGCAACCGAGCAAGAACAUAUGCAGAUAGCCAUGGCUUCACUAAGAUCGGAAGUGCAUACACUACGUAAUUAUAAGACCAAUUACGAAUUGCUUUGCGGUCAGGUUAGUGAGCUCAAUGCUCAGAUUGGCCUCCACUUACAACGUCACGAGUCUGACGUGACCGCUUUUCAAACAUUAAUUGCUGAUCUUCAGACCGAAAAGAUGGCGCUAGAAGCGCAAGUGGUAGAAGUACAAGAGAGAUUGAACAAAGAGUAUGACAAAGCUGAACAAGACCGAGAGUAUUCGGAGCAGAUACACCAACAGCUUGGUACAGUAGCGGAGCUCCUCAAAGCCACAGAGAAGCGUCUGGAGCAGCAGGAAUCCCAUUAUAUGGUCGAGAUCAAGACACUAAGAGCUCAACUUGCAUCGAAAGAUGACAAUUAUGAGGAAAUUCAGAUUCAAGUUCAAAAGUUAGAACAAGAAAUCAAAUUUUAUCAAGCACAAGAAAUUGCUGCCAAGGAACAAGACGUGGCUCGAAAAGAACGUGCGAAAAGCAAACACAAACAGGAGAUAAAGGCACGAGCAUUAAAACUUCAAGAGCUGAAUGAAGAGAUAAAGACACAACGUUCGACAGUGCGCGCGACCAAGAAGCAACUCGCAAAAAUGCAGGCGAAGAACAACGCGCUUUGCAAGCAGCUAGCCAAUGUGAAACGAGAUGGAGCGCAUUUGUCCAGUAUCAUCAACAGUCAACGCGUUCAGUACGAAUCACAGGUCUCAAAUUUCUUGAAUGAUAAAAAACAAAAGAAACAGUUAGCAAAGCGUGUGACUGCUUUAUCUCAGGAGGUCGAACAACUUCAGAGGGAUCUUGCAGAUGCCAAAGACAAAAUCGUAUCGAAAAACGACAAGCUCGGAGAAUAUCGAAACGAGCUUGAAUGUCUACACCAUAAGCAGCGGCAAACUUUUCAAAAACUUGAAGAAACCCAACGCAUAAACGACAACCUCAUGAAACAGAUCCGAAAAUUGCAAAACGCAUCAAGUGAGCGACAUGCCCACAUCAAGAUGGAAAAACAAAUACAGCGAGAAAGUCGAGACAUGAAAGAACUCAUUUCUUUGCGCGAGCUUCUGGCCGACAACCAACAACAUGCUACUGUAUCAUCUCAAGGUGUUCAAAAGUUGCGUCGCGAACUUGUGACCGUCCAAAAUUUGCUGCAAUGCUGUGCACAAGAGCAGCAAAAUCGAUCUGAUCUAGACGAAGAAUCGUCUGAAGAGAUGUGCGAAAACUUCUUGCCUGAUGAUAGUAUCGAAAACUCUGCGCAGCUGUAA